AUGCAGCCUGUGGAGCACGUCAGGAUCGGCAAGCAUGUCUUCCCACGCUACUCACACCCGCUCUUCCGCAGCAAGUUGCAUGAUGAGGCGUACGUGCAGCAGCAGAUUGAGCGGCAGCUGCAAAACCCGCAACUGCAGCUUGCAGUGAACGAGGCCGUGGAGCAGCUCCUGCGUCAGGGCGUGACGGGGAGCAUCAGCGAAGAGGACACGGCUGCUUACUUCGAGAAGGCCCUCGGGAGCCUCGACGUGUUCUUUGCAGAAAGUACAAGUAGGGCCAGCACACCCGCGUCGGUGCUGGCCGAUCAGGUGUCCUGCACCUUCCUCAACAGCAGUCCCGCACCUGCAGUGAGGCCAUCACCCCCUCGCGUGCGCCGCUUCUUCCCGGCACCGCACUGUUCCCGCGUCGCACUGCCCACCGGAGUGCCAUCGCUGCAACUGCGUGGGUUAGAACCGCUACGGAAGACGCAGUUGAGACUACCACUGCAGAAGAAACAGCAGAAGCAUGACGCCGCAGAGAGCAGCAUCGAUGAGGCUACUCCUGGUCCUGUCACGCUUACACGGCGACAGCUCCUACCUUGCAGCGAGGUUGAUGAGUGCGACAGGAAUGAAAUGCUAUCUCUGUUACCUGAACUAAAACAUGAUGCAAACAAGGGGCACAAGAGGCAGGGGCCAUCAUCACUUCAACUGACUGUAAGUGCACCACCAGAGUGGCGAGAUGCUGUGCGCUCGCUCUUUUACUCGAUGCUUUCGCUCCGUGUAGAAGAGAGCGGUGGUGUGCAGCCUAGUGAAAUGGACCUACGGAGCGGGGCACAGGGGUUGCUGCGGUUACAGGGCGCUGAGCUGACGUCGCUGAAUCGUGAGGCCUUUGGUGCGUUGGACGUGACGCUGGACGGCAACUCCACUGCCAUUCACUGCCGUCCAAAGGCACCACCUAGCAUAUUUCAACGCUCACACGCCCAGCAGGCGGAAAGGGGCUUUCAAAUAAAGCCAAGUGUGCUCCGUCAACGAGCCAUGAAAGUUGUUGUCUCGCCCAGCAUUACUACGUGCACGCCCAAGGAAAACACGGGUGUGGGAGGGGCAUCACUCAAGCAUUCUUGGGCCAGUCCCUCACUUGCGACCGUGCCCACGCUGCUGCAGGGCGCCACGGAGCUGGAACUGCCAAGCACGACGUGUCGCAGCCGCGUGCUGGCCUCCAUCUUGAUGAGCCAGGAGAAGCAACGACAGGCGGGUCUUGGGAAGGAAGCAAUGUACAAGUAG